CACGCAUUCGUACAGUUGCAGUGUAGUAAAUUUGUAAUACAAAUUGAGUCGCCCCUUGUAAAAUCAACAAUAACAAACCCUAGCUUGUUUGUGUCGUCAAAAUUUCAUAAAAUCUAGCUGAGGAAUCAGAUGGCAACUAAACCAUUAACAACCGAGGCAAUUGCUAUCACAGAGAAGAAAAUGGACAUGACAUUAGAUGAUAUUAUCAAGAUGUCCAAAACUAACACUAGCAAACCCAAGAAGCAGCAAAGAGUUCCAAUCAAAAGUCAAAAAAAUAUGAAUAGAGCCCCCUUAGAUAAAUCAGUAAUGAUGCAAAGUUACAUGGACUCGAGAUCUUCAAUUAGACAGGCUACUCUUGCCAAGAGAAGAUCAAAUUUCCAGGGUAAUCAAUUUCCUUUAGCUUCUGAGCAUGCUCGUAAGGCUUUUGUUGCACCUGUUCGAAAUAAAACUUUCAAUCAAAGCAGGGCUAGGAAUAUGACAGCUCCAAGGGUUGAAGCUUUACCAGUUCAGAAGCGGGCUGGAUAUGGAGGCCUUGUUGUGAAGCAAUCACAGCAGCAGGUGAAGGUGUUGCCUAAUCAAAGGCCUCGAACGCUGGACUCAUUGUUUGCUAACAUGAAAGAAGAGAGGAUGAGGGUCAUGUUUCAACAGACUAAUGGCGGAAGAAGGAAUGGAGGUGGCCAGCAGCGACAGAUAUACGGGAGAGGCCAGUAUAGAAAUUAAAUAGAACUUGUCCUUCUAUCGAUCUGCCACUGAUCUCAGUUGUGUUUAAGCUUUAAAGUUCAAAAUGCUGAGGCACCAAAGUUGCCAUAAACUGGAAUUAAUCGUCCUAUUUCACCAUGUAUGAAGAUAUUUAAGUUUCUUUUGUAUAGUUUCCUUGUAUCGGUGAAAUCGUACUGUAUUCUUGCUAUAUUUGUUCAGUUUGCAGUUUAUUUAAUAUAUGCUCUCUUAAAAGUC